AACAACAACAACAACAACACCCCUAAAGACGUCGCUCUCGUUCACCAAAAACCUGUGACAAACAACCAAUGGAAACAUACAGUCCCUGAACACAACACAAAGUAGCAAAGAAUGCAUGACGUCAUCACACCACACUUCUCAUACCGGUGCCUGCUCGUCCACCUAAGUUAUAUUCUGUACCUCUGUUUAUCAUCAGAGUAGAUAUUUGUAGUUUAAAGAAUAGAAGGAAAGUGCUCGGAGAAAAGUCAUGUGUUCAUGGAGUAACCAAUAUUUAGUGUCACUGACCACAGACAUUACAUACUGCAACUCUGAGAAUUCACCAUAUUUUGCCAAAUUAGAGUGGUACAACUCGAGGAGUGUCUCAGCCAUCAAUUGAAGCCUGAAAGGCCCAAACUAUGUUGAUAAUAUAUCUAUAAUACAUUAUGCCGAAGGCAAGCUGUUCAAAUGCACUAAACCAGAACCGCAAAAAGUUCCAAGAGGGAAAAAAUCAUUCAUUCUAUUGAUCUUGCAAUAUGCGUUUUUUUAAAAGCUUUUUCAACAUUUAGAAUUUGAAUUCCAACAAAAUAUUUCUUGAGCAAGUACAACCGGUGUAACAAAAUAAGAAAGUGUAAUAUUUUCCAAAAAUCAAAAUUUUGGGGCUGGUAUAUCAAACAGCUGGCCGACGAAUGUGUAAAAUAAAAGAAGUCUUGUUGACAAGGUGCAGGAUAUUCUUUUGUGAUUUGUAACUAAAGAUAAUAACAGCUUUUUGAUAUUGAGAGUUGUACUAUUAUCUGAAUGGGGAAAAGCUAUCUCAGUGACCUGUCAAUGUUUCAUGGCGACAAGUUCUAACAUAAACUUUCCUCAAGGUCCAUGGCUGCAACGUUAGCCAAGUAAGUAUGUGAACUUCCUGUCAUAAGCCUGCUAGUAGCUACUUUCGUUUAUGCACUCCAUUUUCUUACCCAACUAUCUUUAAACAAUAGUUGACGUUACAUCAUUUGAAGAAUAGUCUCUUAGCAAACGCUAAGAAGACACUUCUAUCUACCCCACGUUAACUUUUAAUCCCAUAAGAAGUAAAAUAGAUGCAAGACAGCUCGAACGAAAUUAAACAAACUUUUACGAUAACAGCAACUCGAACGAAAGCUGUAAAAGCUGUAAAAGCUGUAAAAAGCAAGACCUUAGUCUCUACCCCUACCUCCCUCCUCUUCACUUAUCAUGCACACUUUAGACAUCUGUUCUUUAACUGUCUCGCGACGAGAUCAAAAUACUGUAGAAACAGGUGCCAUUUCUGUAUAGUCUAGUUGGUCGACAUUUAAGUAUAAAGCAUGCAAGGUAUGGACCCGUGCGUCCACGUCGCCGGCUAAAUGAAUUAAAAUACCCAAUUUUCUCUCAAGUGAGACUAAACCUGACAAUACAGUAUUUGUUGCUGAAGGACUUGUCAAGGGCCAGGAACUGUUCGUUUUAAUCUUCAAGACAGACCGUUUCGUGUUUUAUUAAUGAAAAGCUCACCUCGGACCACAUUUUGCCCAUGCCUGGUAUAAAGCUUUCAUUCUGCAACUCAGACACAAAACGUGGCAUCAUUUUGAACAAGUUUUCUUCCUGCGCCCUUUCAGGCUUCGAGCAAUAGCAUAAACGAUGCUCAAGUCAUGAGACGUUUCGUAAUUGUCCCGUUAUGGAAGGUCGCUGAUCAUUUUACGCUUUUUAUAUUUUAAAAAUCACUCGACUUUUUCAAGGCCGGCCCUGCAGAGGCUUAAGAUGCGAUAACACGCAGCGGCAAGUAGGGACUGUUGGGUAGGCCCAGAUAUAGGGAAAUAAACAUUUCUCUCAUCAUUUGUGAUUUGUGUGGAGUUUCAGGGCGGCUUGUUCCCCGUGUCUCUUCAGAUGAUGAAGCUGUCGCUGACACUUUUGGUAGCUGUCUGGCUGUCAGCCGUGAGCGGAAACGACAACAACAAAAACAACAACAACAACAACAACAACAACAACAACAACAGGAAGCCAAACAUCAUCUUUGUCCUAGCAGACGACUACGGCUUCAACGACAUCGGUUACCAUGGCUCACAGAUUGCCACUCCGAAUCUUGAUAAGCUGGCGUCUGAUGGAGUAAAACUAGAGAACUAUUAUGUCCAGCCCAUCUGUACACCCACAUCCGCACGGGGCUCCAACAUGACGUCAUUCACGCAGAACAACCCAACGGUCUUCCCUUAGACGAAACCACAAUGGUGGAGAAGAUGAAGGAAGCCGGUUACGCCACACACCUGGUGGGGAAAUGGCACCUGGGGUACUACAGAGAGGAGUACUUGCCCUGGAACAGAGGAUUCGACUCCUACUUCGGAUAUCUGAACGGUAUGGAGACCUACUACGCCCACAAACAGAACUUCUCAGACGGGAACUGGUACCUGGACCUGCGUGACCAGAACGGCCCUGUACAUAGCGAGGAGGGACAUUACUCUGGUCAUCUCUUCACGGAGAAGGCUAUUGAUGUGGUGCAGGCUCAUGAUCCCAGGAAACCCCUGUUCCUGUACCUGGCCUACCAGUCUGUCCACGGCCCGCUGCAGGUGCCGGAGAAAUAUGAAAGACCGUACAGACACAUCCAGAACCAACACCGCCGGAUCUACGCAG